AUGGACAAGCUGGAGCGACGGAUCGCGCGACUGUGGCGUCGACUUGGCGGUGGACGACGGAGGGAGCGGCGCUCGAAAAAGGACGAAAGCUCGUCGUCGUUGCCUUGUGACGACGUUGUCGUAUUGAACAACAAAACAGCGAAAACGAAAAACGUGUCGCCUUCGACUCGACAUCGUCACCAGAGUGACUCAACACCUUCGCGGGAUAGCCGAUCGAAGGAUCUCUCUCGAGCUCUGGUCCGUCUCUAUGCGUACGCCCGACUCAGAUCUCUGCAGAACUUGAUCAUCGCUGAGUCGACGCCAGCAUCGAACAGCUCAACCACAACCGAUCUGGAUAAUCUCGAACUGGGUCGACCCAUGGAUCAGUUUUCCUUUCUCUCUUCUCUUCCACAGCUCUCCAUCCCACGGCUGAAAAACCAGGACAUCGAUAAGCUGUGCCUCAGUCGUGAAAGCGGUUAUCUGACCAACUCGCCGUGGGAAUUCUCCAGCAGUUCAGAGACUCUUCGACAGCAGAGGUCUCCGAGUCUUGCCCGACCAAAUGGACAUCUUUACAAAAAGCGAUCCACUCCAAGGAAGCGACUUCACGCUUCCCAUGGAGAUGUCUGGGCCACGUCCAACAUUCAUCGGCCUCGUGAUGCGCUACUAUUCGAAACCAUGGAGUCAUUCUUGAGCAGAAACGUCUACAAAUCCAAAUGCGUUACGUGCGUAUUCGAGGCGGCACACGCCGGAUUGGGGGUGCUCCUCGACGACAUCUUGGCCGAGUUCAAUCGGUGGUUUGUUGGACGAAAGAUGCUGAUCGUUGCCUCCGAGCUGCACUUCUCUGUGCCCCUGGCAAGACGAUGCAGAAAGCAAGAGCUUGUCCUGAAGCAACAAAUGCUUCGCUCACUUCUCGAAAAUAAUCGACGAAUUCUCUAUCUACAAGGGUCCAGAGAGGCGCUACCGAUACGAAUGGCCGAGGCGAGGACCGAGGAGAACAUUUUCAACGAUAACGAACUCCAAGCAGUACAAGGGGUCUAUCAGCGAUGUUAUCAUCGUCUGUUACCGUUCGUGCACUCGGAGACACCCGAUUGGCAUGCGCCCUAUUGGAAGCUCACUCCAGCACCAGUUCGACCUCGGACUUCGGUCCUACUGCUCGACAACGAUUACACGAAACUUCGUACUCAUUCACUUGUCUCAUUCAACAUCAUUGGCCUCUCUAUUUAUGCUCCUCUUGUUAAGCUUGUGGUAAGCGCAUGGAACGUGUUCGAUCCGAGUAAGAAUGCAUCGCGGGUGCUUCGAGUCGCCGUGGAAGACGUCGACGACGUCCCUCCCGAGUUCCCUAAGGGUUCAACAACGCUAUUCACUGUGCCACGUCCUUCCAAGCCCACUGACCUGGCCGUUGGACGUGUUUCAGCCGCAAAAGGGAACAGCGAUGCUCUACACUACUAUCUUUUGCCAAAAUGCACUCAAGAAUUCGAUCGUUUCUCAGUGAGUGAGCGUUCGGGAGAAGUCAGCCUCACCAAUGCAGGUGGCUCCAAUCUUCCAAACCGAAUGGAAUUAUGUGUUCUAGCAAGCACUCAUGGCGGCCUUAACGUGGACGAUGUUGUUUUCGAUGCCAAGAAUGCCAGUAUUCUUCGGGCAGUGGUUGCUUUUGAGACUGAGCGGCCAUCCUCUCCUCAACUGCCGAUGGUACAGAACAAUUCUGUCACGAUCCUUCGCGACAACAUGCGUAGCGCCUCGAUUCCAGUUGCCACUGCUGAAGGUCCUGAACGCAGUGUGCGCUAUUCCCUUGACCAUGUGCAAUUCACUCCCACCCAGAACGGGAUUGGUGUCCCCAACAGCGCCACAUCCGCACUGUUCUUCGUUGAUCCCAUCAGCGGUGAUGUAAGUGCAAAUCCGCAGCUUUCCGAGCAACCCCAAGGCGUCUACAGCGUUGUGGUGAAUGCUGUCGACACGAAAUCCGCUGAGCCGCUACAGCGCAUCGUCAAAAAAUUCCACUACGUGAAAGACGACAUGAAACUGCGCUACGUCUUCAGCAUGGGACUGGAAGAAUUCGCCACCGGUCGUGAACAAUUUUCAAAGAAACUGCAAGAAGCUCUCAAGGCCGAUCAUCCAGAGGGACAAAUGCAGGUGUUCUUCUCGGAGCCGGAGAGGGACAUUCGAAACGCGACAAGGACAUCAGUCUGUUUCCACGUGGUGAUGAAUGAACGGGUACAAAAUGAGCGUUCUGCCAUUUUCGGCGCUAUCGUUUUCAGUCCGCGGGUAGAAAACAGUGGUCAGCUCGAAGGCUUACAUUCUACAUGUGUCAACUCGAGCGUUUGA